CUUAUACCUGUCCUUUCUUCAGCCCCUCUCCCCAGAUCUGCAUGGAGCACGCUAGAAAGUGAAAUGACAGACCAGGAGAAUAACAACAGCAUCUCAAGUAACCCCUUUGCGGCCCUCUUCAGCUCUCUAGCGGAUGCCAAGCAGUUUGCUGCAGUCCAGAAGCAGCAGCUGAGGCAGCUCACUGAUGAAACCUCGAUCAGCCAAGAUGACUCCGAUAACAGCGUGUCUGAGAGUCUGGACGACUGCGACUACUCUGUGGCCGAGAUCAGCCGCUCCUUCCGCUCCCAUCGGGAGCUGUGUGAACAGCUCAACAUCAAUCACAUGAUCCAGAGGAUCUUUCUCAUCACUCUUGACAAUAGUGAUCCCAGUCUGAAGAGUGGCAAUGGAAUUCCAGCCCGCUGUGUGUACUUGGAGGAAAUGGCUGCGGAUCUGGAUGAACAAGACUGGCUGGACAUGGAAAAUGUUGAGCAGGCCCUGUUCACCCGCUUGUUGCUCCAAGAGCCAGGAAAUCACCUGAUUUACAUGACCUCUGCCAGCACACAGAAUCUUUCAGCAGACAGAGAUGCAGGAGAGAAGCAGAUUCUGCGUUACCUGUAUGCCUGCUUCCAGAGAGCAAAGGAAGAGAUAACCAAAGUGCCAGAGAAUUUGCUGCCCUUUGCGAUUCGCUGCAGGGAUCUGACUGUAUCAAACACGCGGACUGUUCUUCUCACCCCAGAGAUCUAUGUUGACCAGAAUGUGUAUGAGCAGCUGGUGGACCUGAUGCUGGAAGCACUGAGAGGGGCUGACUUUGAAAACAUGACCGAGUUUCUGGAGGAGGUGAUAGAAGCCUUGACGAUGGAUGAGGAAGUACGGACGUUUGGGGAGGUCAUGAUUCCUGUGUUUGAUAUUUUACUGGGUAGAAUCAGAGACCUAGACCUUUGCCAGAUCCUACUAUACACUUACCUGGAUAUGCUCCUCUAUUUCACAAGACAAAAAGAUAUAGCAAAGGUUUUUGCAGACUACAUUCAACCAAAGGACCCCAGUAAUGGACAGAUGUACCAGAAGACCCUGCUAGGAGCCAUCUUGAGCAUCUCCUGCCUGCUAAAGACCCCUGGUGUAGUGGAGAAUCACGGUUACUUUCUGAAUCCAUCACGAUCCAGUCCGCAAGAGAUUAAAGUGCAAGAGUCUAACAUCCAUCAGUUUAUGGCUCAGUUCCAUGAGAAGAUCUACCAGAUGCUGAAGAACCUGUUGCAAUUGUCUCCAGAAACAAAACACAGGAUUCUCUCCUGGCUGGGAAAUUGCCUCCAUGCUAAUGCCGGCCGUACAAAAAUCUGGGCUAACCAGAUGCCAGAGAUCUUCUUCCAGAUGUAUGCCUCGGAUGCCUUCUUUCUGAAUCUGGGUGCUGCCCUGCUAAAGUUGUGCCAGCCAUUCUGCAAACCCAAAUCUCCCAAGCUUCUUACCUUUAAUCCUACCUACUGUGCCCUGAAGGAGCUGAAUGAAGAGGAAAGGAGGAGUAAGAAUGUGCAUAUGAAAGGUUUGGAAAAAGAAACCUGUUUCAUCCCAGCGGUGACAGAGCAGGAGCCAGAGUUCGCCCACAGCUACAAUCUGGUGACAGAGAAUCUAGUCCUGACACAGUACACCCUCCACCUAGGAUUUCACAGGCUGCAUGACCAGAUGGUAAAGAUAAACCAAAGCCUUCACCGCCUGCAGCUGGCCUGGCGAGAGGCUCAGCAAACUUCCAGCCCUGCAGCUGACAGUCUCCGGGAGCAGUUUGAACGUCUGAUGACCAUCUAUCUCUCUACCAAAACAGCUAUGACAGAGCCACAGAUGCUGCAGAACUGCCUGAAUUUGCAGGUGUCCAUGGCAGUUCUCUUGGUCCAGCUGGCUGUAGGAAACCAAGGGACUGAGCCAGUAGACCUGACAUUCCCAUUGCCGGGGGUGGAACGCAGUGCAUUGGCUUAUGUACCAGAAUUCUUUGCUGAUAAUUUGGGUGACUUCUUCAUUUUCUUGCGGCGUUUUGCCGAUGAUAUUUUGGAGACUUCUGCUGAUUCCCUGGAACAUGUCCUUCACUUUGUUACAGUUUUCAUGGGUGAUGUAGAGAGGAUGAAGAACCCUCACUUGCGAGCCAAGCUGGCCGAGGUGUUGGAAGCAGUGAUGCCUCACUUAGAUCAGACGCAAAACCCCCUCGUCUCCAGCGUGUUCCAUCGGAAGCGAGUGUUCUGCUCUUACUAUCAUGCUGCCCACCUUGCUGAGGCACUUAUCAAGGUUUUUGUGGAUAUUGAAUUUACAGGGGAUCCUCAUCAGUUUGAGCAGAAGUUUAACUAUCGUCGACCCAUGUAUCCUAUCCUCAAGUACAUGUGGGGGACAGAUUCAUACCGGCAAAGCAUAAAGGCUCUGGCUGACUAUGCUUCAGAAAACCUGGAGGCCAUGAACCCCCCUCUCUUCCUACGUUUCCUUAACCUGCUCAUGAACGAUGCCAUUUUCCUCUUGGAUGAAGCCAUACAGUACCUGAGUAAGAUAAAAAUUCAGCAGAUAGAGAAGGACCGUGGAGAGUGGGACAACCUGUCCCAAGAGGCACGCCAUGAGAAGGAAUCCAGCCUGCAGAUGUUCGGUCAGCUGGCUCGCUUCCACAACAUCAUGUCCAAUGAAACUAUUGGAACCUUGGCCUUCCUGACGUGUGAAAUUAAGUCCCUGUUUGUGCAUCCGUUUCUUGCUGAGCGCAUCAUCUCCAUGCUGAACUACUUCCUGCAGCACCUCGUUGGCCCUAAAAUGGGAGCCCUCAAAGUCAAGGAUUUCAGCGAGUUUGACUUCAAACCGCAGCAGCUGGUCUCUGACAUCUGCACCAUCUACCUAAACCUGGGUGAUGAAGAGAACUUCUGUGCCACAGUGCCCAAGGAUGGACGCUCCUAUUCGCCAACCCUUUUUGCCCAGACAGUCAGAGUCCUGAAGAAGAUCAAUAAGCCUGGUAACAUGAUAGUGGCAUUCAGUAACCUGGCUGAGCGGAUAAAGUCUCUUGCAGACCGUCAACAGCAAGAAGAGGAGACGUAUGCAGAUGCAUGUGAUGAAUUCUUGGAUCCCAUCAUGAGCACCUUAAUGUCUGACCCUGUGGUCCUGCCAUCUUCCCGAGUCACCGUGGAUAGAUCAACGAUAGCUAGGCAUCUGCUCAGUGACCAGACAGAUCCUUUUAAUCGGAGUCCCCUCACCAUGGACCAGAUCAGACCAAACACAGAACUUAAAGAGAAGAUCCAGCGAUGGCUUGCAGAGAGGAAAAAGCAGAAGGAGCAGCUGGAGGAUACACUGUGAACUGAACAAACCAGAAGUACCUUUGCACCGAUGAACAGUAGUUGGCUCUCGAGGAAGAAAUGCAUUGCAGAGAGGGGAAGCAGGGCAACAGAGAAUGUGCGUCUGAACUACAGUACUCUUUAACCAAGACUGCAAUUAGUGCAUUGCCACCAGGCCUAGGGUCCCUCUAGCUUAGGGCCCUUCUUGUUAUCCCCAUUUUAGUAUUUGCUGUGAGAGUUAGAGUUAAUAUUACAACCUUGACUGCACUACAGCUUCUCAGCCUAGGAAUCCUACAGCCUCUUCUCUGUUUGCCCCGCUGGUUAUUUUCCUUGUAGGGCUCAUUCUUUAUCGUUUCCAGUUUUAAUGACGGCCGUCUGCAUACGUCAGGGGCUUGGACACUGCCAGAAAAGCCCUUUCCUGGAACUCUCUCUCUGCAACUACUGCUUUGGCUUCAGACUUAAACUAUGUAAUGCUAUUGUACGAUGUAUAAUGUGAAAACAAAAUGACUUUGUGUCCAUAACAGCGACGGUACAUGUUUGGAAGGAUGGAAGAGGUUGUCUUAAGUUUUGUCUGUACAUAGUGGUCGGUCAGCACCAGAUAGAGCCACUGAGCCGCACUGAAA